UGUGCACGAGACUGGUUGAGAAACGUACCGAGGGAUCGUCUGUCAAGCUAGACAUCCUACUUCCUGGCAUGGAUCCGUUUGACCGAGGAUUCUUCCGGAAGGUGGAUGUUCCAGACCAGGCCCACUACAUCGUGGCAUUCUUUGUGGUGGUGAUCGGAGCAGUCGGAGUCGUAGGCAAUGCUCUAGUCAUCUACGCCUUCCUCAGUAACAAAAAGCUGUGGACGCCACCAAACUUUUUCAUCAUCAGCCUGGCCAUAGCUGACUUCCUCAUGGCCAUCACCCAGUCGCCCAUAUUCUUCAUCAACUCUCUCUAUAAGGAGUGGGUCUUUGGAGAAACAGGCUGCAAGAUCUAUGCCUUCUGCGGAGCCCUGUUUGGCAUCGCCUCCAUGAUCAACCUGCUGGCCAUCUCCAUUGACCGCUACAUCGUCAUCACCAAGCCCCUGCAGGCCAUCGUGUGGACCUCCAAGCGCCGCACGCUGCUCAUCAUCCUGGUGGUGUGGCUCUACUCGCUGGCCUGGAGCCUGGCGCCCCUACUGGGCUGGAGCUCGUACAUCCCUGAGGGCCUGAUGACGUCGUGCACGUGGGACUACGUCACCUCCACGCCCUCCAACAAGAGCUACACGCUCAUGCUCUGCUGCUUCGUCUUCUUCAUUCCCCUGGCCAUCAUCCUCUACUGCUACCUCUUCAUGUUCCUCGCCAUACGCAGCACGGCCAGAGACUUGGAGCGUCUGGGCAGCCACAGCAGGAAGUCGGCGCUGGACCAGCAGCAGUCCAUCAAGACAGAGUGGAAGCUGGCCAAAGUGGCCUUCGUCGUCAUCAUCGUCUUUGUGCUGUCCUGGUCGCCCUACGCCUGCGUGACCCUCAUCGCCUGGGCUGGGCAUAGCAACCUCCUCACGCCAAUUUCAAAGACAGUGCCAGCAGUCAUAGCCAAAGCCUCCGCCAUAUACAAUCCAUUUAUCUACGCCAUCAUCAACUCCAAAUACAGGAACACUUUGGCGGAGAAUAUACCAUGUCUCAACUUCCUGAAUCGUCCUUCUCGUAAAGACUGCAUAUUGGUGUCCAAUAGCGCGUAUUCGCUCAGAGAAUCCAUCCUCAGCCGAACAUCUUCGGGGUCCACCAACAAGUUCUACAGGAUCUCCUCCUUGUCUACAGGAGAGAUGGUGUGGAGUGAUGUGGAGCUGAACCCCAUUGACCAGUCAUCCCAGGUGUUGCGCUUUAUGCCGGCGAUGAAGGAGCGAGAUCGCAGCCAUGUCCACCUGCCAGGAAAGACCAAGAGCUCUGCCAAAGAGGAGAAGGUAAGGCCAAAAUCCCAGAGAGACGAUCACUGAUUGGCUGCCCCCAGGACGUGGCACCUACGCCUGUCAGCACGGCCACCAUUCCGUUACUCGGGGAUGGCCACAGUAGGA